AUGGCGUCCGACACUUCAGAUAACGGGCCCCGGCUGGCCGCCGCCGUAUUGGCGCUUCUCCCGCUAACAGUUAUCACUUUGGCUCUCCGGUGUUAUGUGAGAGUGCGCAUCUUGAAGUUCUUUAAGGCAGAAGACUGGUUAGCCAUUGCGACGAUGAUAUGUUUUAUAAUUUAUUGUACACUCGUCAUGAUAAGCAUUUCACACGGCGCGGGCAAGACAAUAUCUCAGGUCCCUCUUCAGAACUACCCAACCAUUCUCAAGAUGAGAUACGCAGGCGAGAUUGUAUACAUCAUGACGUCCCUAUUAAUUAAGUUCACUGUCGGCAUCUUCCUCCUACGUAUCUGCUCCCUGGCGUGGCAGAGAACGGCCAUCUGGACGGCGCUGUUCGUGUGUCUCGUUUACAGCGUCUUCUUCACCUUCAUGGCCAUCUUCCAGUGUCGCCCUGUCCCAUACUAUUGGAGUCAAUACACCGAGCAGAUGACAGGGACAUGCUUCAGUGAUGAGCUGGUCAGGGCCAUAUCUUACGCACAUGCCGUUAUAAAUUGCGUCUGUGACUGGACCUUGGGUCUCUUGCCUAUCGCACUUAUAGGUAAACUGGAGUUGUCAAAGCGCUCGAAGAUCAUGGUCUCUUGUACCCUAGCCUUAGGGUCUAUAGCAUCAAUAGCGACCAUCAUCCGUAUUCCGUAUAUAUGGCAGCUUGCCGCCGAGAAUGCUGAUAGACUCCACGUAUUCACGGUCGUGUCCAUCUGGUCCACAGUGGAGAACGGUCUAGGCCUCAUCGCCUCCUCGCUCGCCACCCUGCGCCCGCUCUACAGAAAGAUAUUCGGAACUGCGGGCUCGCGCGCGCGCACGCCGUCGGCGAAGAGGCGCUCUUUCUACUCCUGGCGGAAGUCGGGCUCGGUGAACGUAAACCACAUGCGCGGGGACGGGAAUAUCGAGUAUUACCGAAUGGAUCGCAUGGGGAAGUAUCCGAACCGCUCCGCCAGCGGGAAGGAUUCACAAGAAAAUUUUGGCGGGGUCUACGACGGGUAUAAUGGCAGGGAAUACGGGAGGGAUUACGGAAAGGAACUCGGGAAGAUUCCCGAGAGGAUGCCCGAGAGGGUCAGGGUACGUGAUCCGCGCGACGAGUUCGAUUCUGCGUACCCGUGA